UGAUGGCGAUCAUUAUUUUGGGUGUUCUCUCUACGAAAGACGCAAAAAUAUUGUGUAAAUUAAUUACAAAAAAAUUACCGUAUUUGAAGUCUUGAUCUGACCGAGUUUCCGUACAAUGUGCUUGAAACUUAGUUGCUCCUCGAAGACUGUUUCCAAGGAUGAAGAGGAUAAAAGCCAGCCAGAUUCUGCGACACCACCGGAUGACCAGGAUCUACGAAACAGUGACAAGUUGCCGAUCGUGUACCGGCCGGAAUACGGUGUGCGAUUUUGUGGCCUCCAGAGGCUGCAUCCAUUCGAUGCUGCCAAGGGAGGUAACAUUUAUCGUCUACUGAAGGCCGGUAAUUUAAUCACCGGUGAAAAGGACAUUCACAAGCCCCGAGAGAUAAGCGUUGAUGAGCUGCUGGACGUGCACACGAAGCGGUAUAUUGAAAGCUUGAAAUGGAGCGUAAACGUGGCCAAGAUAGCGGAAAUACCACCAUUGAUAUUUGUGCCAAAUUAUUUUGUGCAGCGAAGUUAUUUGCGACCGAUGCGAUAUCAAACGUUCGGAUCCAUUUUAGCAGCCAAAUGCGCAUUGGCUGGAUCUUCUGGAACGGGAUGGGCCAUUAACCUGGGAGGAGGGUUUCAUCACUGCAGUGCGGACAAUGGUGGCGGAUUUUGUCCCUACGCGGAUAUCACACUCAUCGUCCGGAUGCUGCAGUCAAGUGGUAAAGGAAUUGAACGAAUAAUGAUCGUGGAUUUGGAUGCUCACCAGGGAAAUGGAUAUGCCAGAGAUCUGAUGGACGACAGCGGAGUGUUUAUAAUGGAUAUGUACAACUACCGGAUUUAUCCUAGGGAUCACGAGGCCAAGCUUGCCAUCAAGAGAGCGGUCGAAUUGAAACCCCACGUGGAAGACGAAGAGUACUUGCGAAAGUUAAGAAGCAACCUGAGCCGCUCGUUUGACGAAUUCCGACCAAACUUCCUAAUCUACAAUGCCGGCACCGACAUACUAAAGGGCGAUCCUUUGGGAAUUUUGGAUAUUACCGGUCAGGGUGUGAUCGAGAGAGAUGAAAUUGUUUUCGAGAUGGCACGCGCCAGGGAAGUUCCGCUGGUGAUGCUACUCAGCGGAGGCUAUCUUCGAAGCUCGGCCCGUGUCAUUGCAGAUUCGAUUCUCAAUUUACAUAACAAGGGCUUGCUACCAAUGGCUAAGUAAUGGGGCAAACCUAAGUGGGGAUUUGCAGUUUUUCUAGUCUGAACGAAUCGAUAUGUGAUGCAAACUGUUUUGGAAAUUGUCGAAGCAGUAUUAUGUGAGGCUUUCAAUGUUCUUAAAACAUUCCAGAUUUGUACCUUCUAAUAUAACUAUGAAAAAUAUGUAUCUAUUUACUUCUAAUAAACCUGUUUAAAGAUA